AUGGCGGCCGAGAGCAACUCGCUUGUCAUGUCGCAGUCGAGUAGCGUGCGGGUAGCUGAAAUGCUCAUCGAAUUGGUUCGCAACCACCCGGUCCUGUACGAUAAACGUCACCCGAAGCACAAGGACAGCUUGCUUAAGGACGACUUAUGGGGGAAAAUCGGAAGCGAGCUCGGAAUGACUGGAAUGCAAGCACAUGCAAAAUUCAAGAACUUAAAAGACACCUUCACGAAACACAAGAACAAAAUUAAGGGCUCCAUGAAAAGUGGUGCAGGGGCUGCAGAUGUUCCCACCGUCAAAUGGGUGCAUUUCGAGGCAAUGAUGUCCUUGAUGGGUCCCAUACUCAAAGAACCAAUCAUUUCUACAAACGUAGGAUUCAUCAAUCCCGAUCGAGCAUCAGGUGAGCGGAGUCCGGCGCCUGCAAGUAAUAGCAGCAGUGGCAACGCAGAUGAGGGCCAGGUCGACUACGACAACUGUGUCACAGUCAUCUUGGAUGAGCCUCUAGAACAGCCUGCAUCUUCGUCCGGUGCAACACCUGCAAACACCGAGACAGACAGGUCACAGCAAUUUUUUUAA